UGUAUGUUUUUUCAUAACUAUCUAUUCUACGUCGAUCCUUUAAAACGUUUAGGUUUUUGAAACACGCAUAUUUUUUUUGUUCACGGGGGAUAAAAUAAUGAUCUUCAUCAGUAGCUGAGAAGAUGUUCAUUGUUUGUUUUUGCUGACGAGACCACGUGACAGACACCAUAUGCCUGGGAGUUUCAAAACAUGAUGGACAUACUGGUCACUUUUUCGGUACAACUGCGGAGUCAAAUGCAGCUAUACAGUAUGGGAAAAUGUAACCGUUUACAAUAGUCUUCUAAAUGUAGAUUUUAGUCAUAAGGGAGGUACUUUGGAUGUACACCAAAAUAAACUUGUACAUAUUAGACACAUCUCAGUGUGAUGUGCAAUUCUGUACCAUUAAUUACCACUUAUUUUAAUAUGCAUGUCUUGGCAUAUUGGAAUGUAAUAAAUGUGCGUUGUUGUGGCUGGAGAGUGUUCUAAUAAUAUUCAGAUUAUGAAUCAUCCUCAAUUGUAAUUCAACCCAAAUGUACGGCAUAAAUCAAAAUUUCCCCGCUCUGUUAUCCACAACUUACGUAUAAUACCACGGAACUAAUAGUAUCCCGAGAAUCUGCUAUCAAAUUUAAAAUGCCUCAUAUUUGAUGUUUCUUUAAAUACUGAAACUCUUGAUUCGCUUGUCCGUCAUCGCUGGGCUCUGGAUGCUUGUGUUGGACGUGCCACCAACGUUGUAACGUGUCGUGUGUGUGUGCAAUUGUUCCCGGAGUUAAUGCUGGGGUGGCUGAGACACUGCAAAUAACCGCUUGACCGGAACCAGAUGUCAAAAUACAGAGCUUGUCACCGAGUAUAAUAUAGACCUGGCCAACAUUCCUCUGACACCGGAAACUGCGCGCGACCAGGAGAGGCGAAUCCGCCGCGAGAUCGCCAACAGCAACGAGCGGCGGCGCAUGCAGAGCAUCAACGCUGGCUUCCAGUCGCUGAAGACUCUCAUCCCACACAGUGACGGCGAGAAGCUCAGCAAGGCCGCAAUCUUGCAGCAGACGGCAGAGUACAUUUUCACGUUGGAGCAGGAGAAGACGCGACUACUGCAGCAGAACAGCCAACUCAAGCGAAUCAUACAGGAGUUGAGCGGCUCUUCCCCAAAGAGGAGGCGCGUGGAGGAGAAGGAUGAAGGCAUCGGCUCGCCGGAUAUCCUGGAGGAGGAGAAGACGGAGGACCUGCGGCGGGAGAUGAUUGAAUUGAGGCAGCAGCUGGAGAAGGAACGCUCCGUCAGGAUGAACCUGGAAGAGCAGAUGCGCUCACUGGACGCAGAGUUGUACCCGGAGAAACUGAAGGCUCUGAGCCAGCAGAAACUUGUGUGUGUGUCCCAACACAAGCAGCUGGAGAGGGACAUCACACCUGCCCACAGCCCACAGGUGUCCGCCCCGGCCACCCCUCCCACGCCGGCGCCCACGCAUCACGCAACGGUUAUCGUCCCCGCACCCGUCCCUCAGCCGCCACCACAAUCCCAUCAUGUCGCCGUAGUAACUAUGGGUCCGGCGUCCGUCAUCAACACAGCCUCCACGUCAAGACAGAACCUGGACACCAUCGUCCAGGCAAUCCAGCACAUCGAGGGCACUCAAGGGAAGGUUGGCGGGUGCGAGGAGGAGCAGCGGCGGGCGGUCAUCGUCAGCUCGGGCCGCGUCCUCUCCGACAGCGACGAGCCGGACCACUGCUCACUGCCAUAAGUUGCUGACCCACACGCACACAUAUUGCGCUUGCAUACACCCCCCAAAACAACAACAGUGGACUUUCGACAGGGUCGGUGGUCGCAUUGAAGCACUCUUUUUGUACACAUUUACCUACUUACAGUAUAGUACCGUGAUAGGCAGUUUCGCCAUGCUUAAAUAUACUGUAGACAACCCCCCCACCCCACCCCUUGCUCAUAUCUGGCUAACUUAUAGAAAGGCCAUUCGAGCAGCUGCUUGAUUUGACUGACUGUACUUUUGUAGUGGAUGUUACUCAUUCAAGCUGCACGUCUUUUUGUUUUUCUUUCCGCUCGCCAUGAAAACCAUAUUUGCCACAUCCUCCAGGCGAGGGCCCGACUGAUAUGGAUUUUUGAAGGCCGAUAUUUGGCUGAAUUAAAUUCAGAUAACAGUUUAAUCGGUUUUAUAUAUAUAGACAUAUAUAUAUAUAACUUCUUACUCCCUUAAUGCUUACUACCAUAAAGAUAUGAAUUGCAGGCAGAACAUUUGACUGACAAUAUUUUUUUUCUUUUUUAAACAGGGAAAAAUCGCCAGAAUGUGUUUUGUUUAGUUUUUUUCCGAUUUAGAAAGGGUCAACGUCGGCCGAUUAAAUCAGCUGGCCUUAUGUGUGACAUCACGGCCACCUUUUUCAGAGCCGUCUUCAAGUAAUUGUAUGUGGCUAGAGCGAAUGCACUUAGCGGUUUGUCUUUCUGUCUGCAUGCUGCCAUUCUUACUGGGCUGGUUUCCCGGUACACCCCAAUUUUUCGUUACCUUUUUUUCCAUAUGAACUUUUUCUUUUCACAUGCACAGCCUGACAAAACAACACCUCCACUUUUUUUCCAGCUUAUAAGGAAAAAGCAUUGAAUUCACCUCGAUGCGCUUGUGGCCGUGUGCUCGACUCUGGAAGUCUCUUACGGUACACUGAACCACACUCGUAAAUGCUAAAUCAAUUUUGCCUUCCUUAUAUGAGCAGGGGUCACCUACACCAAAACAGUCAGUUGAAUCUUACCUUUUCUGUGGUUAUUUUUGUACAAAUCGCUCCUUAAUCUGAAUUUGGAGAUAAUAUUUAAAAAAAUAUAAGUCUAAUUAAUCAAAUUCAGACACUCCAAAAUAUUAACAAAAAUAUAUCUGCAAUAACAAUAGCUUUAGAUACAAAAGCAAUAGGCCUGUCACUAUCACAUCUUUUUAGAAUCUAUUUAAGAAUUAGUACUCAGUUAAAAAAACGGGUUGGUGACUCCAUAGAGAGCAUUUAUUCCAGCCUCCCAUCCAACUAAAAAAAACAAAUGAAAAGCCAUUAUACAAGAAUGUGCACAAUAUUAAUUGUUAAGAAUUAAGACUGAAAUGGAUUCUGAACUGGAAAAUAUCUGAACAAUGUUCAAAGGACAUUAGGACAAGUGUAGCGAAACCUCCAAAAUCGAACCGAUUCCGCAGGACUUCGGUUCAAAUGCUGUUUCUUUGGCUUUUUGAGUGGUGGGGGCGUAUCAGAAAUUUAUGGCAAAAGAAGAGAGCAAUCAUAAUUCCCAUCGAAGCAAAAUUGGUGUCAGUCAAUCAAACAUCAGUUGCCCGGGGAAGUCUGCCAACUUAAGUGCAGUCCUUAAAGUCCUUAAAGUUCAUAAAAAUACAUUUGAAAAAAGUAAAACUAUGUUGUUAAUUGUCCUUCAUUUUAACACCGGGAAAGCUUCUAAAAUAAUAAAAAAUCCAUGACAAUGUUAUUUUUAUUCAAAAAUAAAUUGUAGCUUUAUAUUUUUUAAUUUUAAUUUUUUCUUAGUGUACUUUAUUUGAGAAUGAAUUCAAGUUCUGUAAUACAGGUAUGAAAAUGAAAAUUUGACGUACACUAUGUCAAAUAAAGGGUAAGCUAAACCUAGAAAUAAAGAUGUGCCCUUCCUUUGGCAGCAAUGAUUUGAACACCAGCUCAGUGAUAUGUGGCUUUCUGUUCAGCCCAAAUAUUGCUGAGCGGGCAUUCAAUCCACCAUGAAUCCCCUGCUGAAUGGAGAAAAAAAUGGCUAAAUUAGCCCUCAAAAGUCCUUAAAAGGUCCAUAAAUGAAAAGCAAGUAGAAGAGUGGGAACCCUGUGGAACCCCCAAUUUGCAGGCAAGAGCAUGCGCACCGGGCCAUUGAAAUACGAUGCGAUUAAUGGAUUCAUAAUUUUUUUUAACCCAAAACAAUUUUCCAAUAACUCUCAAAAGCCUCCAAAAUACGGCGAUAUAGAAAGCGCACAACUACACAACAGUCAUGAUUGGGAGAGUUUCCCCUCUGAAUAUGUGAACAUACCUUCCACUGGGGUAAAAAAAAAAGAGGCUGGGGUCCACUGCUCUUAAUCCUAAAGGGGAAAUGGCUUGUCGCACAUUGACACAAAAUGAAGGUUACGCUGCACUAGCCGCUGUUCCCAAUGUGUCCAUGUGGCCAUUUUGUAUUAUUCACAGUGUAGCAACAAAAAAAAAUCGAUCACAAUUUUCUGUACACCGAUGUAGUUCGCCACUCGAAAAACAUUCCAUGAGUGGUUGAACACUCUUAUCAUUCCCAGUUGAUGUCGAAACUUUAUUGUUCUUAGCUAUACUCUCACCACAUUCCGCCCUGGACAGAUGGAGAUUUUAUCCUGCUGGACAGAUAAAUUCAUCUUUUCAUUGUUGACAUCACAGCCCUUUAAUAGAAAUAAAAACAAAAAAAACAUCGGGUGAAUUUUAAUUAUUUUAUCCAAGAUGUAUAAUUCUUUAGGGCGGCAUAGUGCAGGGGUCGAUUUCGGGUUAUGGCCUUCCUGUGUGGAGUUUACCUGUUCUCCUGUGCUGCGUGGGUUUUCUCCGGGUUACAAAAUGGACGGAUGGAUAUAACGCUUUCAGUUAAAUGGUUGUUGUUAAUAGGCUCUUCUUGUUAUGUUUUUUUCAGCACUUAUGUGUCCAAUACUGGAGCCUAACUCUCCAUAUAUAUCCCAUCAAUUUUUACAUGCUCUCCUAUGCUGUCAUUUUCUUUUUUAAUUGUUGAAGCAAUUUGUUUUUGUAAGAGAAACGUAUUGGCGGCUGAUAGAGGCUCGUGCCUUUGUAAAGACAGAAUAAUAAAGUUUGUACUUUUUUUUUCCAAA